AUGGAUGCGGUAAACCACGCACGCGCACUAAAUGGGCUACUAACGCUUUCACGGCUUGAGCGAAUGCGACACGUGUACCAUACGUGGGUGAAUGUAAAAGGUGUCGAAGAGGGCAUGGCACUUACGCGGCGCGAAUUGCAGUGCAUCCUUGAGUCCUCGGAGUUAGGUGAUCAAGUAAAUUUUCUUUUUGAUAGAUUCCGCUGUGUCUCUACCAGGAAGAAACAUACAGAUGCCCCUUGCGUCGACCUAAUGACAAUUUUAAUUACGAUGACACUCUUGGCUCAAGGUGCGCUUACAGAAAAGGCGCGCUUUGUCUUUCAGCUUGUCGAUCUGGACACGGAGGACGACAUUGUGGAGGCAGAACUUGCGCUUGUGAUUAGCACAUGCUGCAACGGUCUUCAUCGGCUUGGAAUAAUAGAGAAUCGUGAUACGAUGUCCGAAUUGGACGCAAUGGCAGUAGCGUACGAAGCAUUCGACUUCGUAGACCUUGAAGAUGGAGAUAAAAUGAGCUUCGAACUGUUUUUGAAGUGGCUAAGGUGUUCAAGAUAUAAUUCAGGAAGGCUGUACGACACGAUAGUGGAAGCUGCAAUUUGA